GUGCGCUGUUCACUGUUGGAUUCGUGAAGGCGCGGUCGUCAAGAGCAUACAGCAUUUACUGGUCCUGCACUUUCAUUUAAUUUUUUUUUUUACACCUAGACUUCCUACCCUGUAAUACUUUCCUUCCCUUACCUUCUUCUUCUUCAACAACUUCAGAUUUCGUCAUCGGCCGUUUUGCCAAGUGGAAAUUAUCCUCAGCCUCCAUCUUCACCUACAGGAAGGACUUUUGGGUUCGUCUCCUAGAUGCAAAAACGACAGGAAGGGGAUGGAGGUGGUGGUGGUCGUCAAAUACUCAUCUUGUCUCUGCUAUUGGUGCUGCUGUCUGCCCAACCCACUAACAUGCAGACAGACAACAUGGAGGACACUGUCGUAAGCAACACAGAAGCCGAGAAGAAUACCAACCUUUAUGGCAGUGACACGCCCUUCAGUGACACGCCCUUCAGUGACACGCCCUCCAGUAACAUGCUCUCCAGUGACACGCCCUCCAGUGACAAACUCUCCAGUGAUGAUGCACUCCAGUGACACGCCCUUCAGUGACACGCCCUCCAGUAACAUGCUCUCCAGUGACAAACUCUCCAGUGACAUGCUCUCCAGUGACACGCCCUUCAGUGACAUGCUCUCCAGUGACACGCCCUUCAGUGACAAACUCUCCAGUGACAUGCUCUCCAGUGACACGCCCUUCAGUGACAUGCUCUCCAGUGACACGCCCUCCAGUGACAUGCUCUCCAGUGACACGCCCUUCAGUGACAUGCCCUCCAGCGACAUGCCCUUCGGUACUACUACUGAAGUCAUCAAUUCCCUGGCUACGAUAGAGUUACGACUGAGAGAAGAUGACAACUGGCUGAGCGUAACAUGGGAUCCGACAGACCUGUCAGGAGAAGGGUAUAAAGUAUGUGUCCUAUGCCAGAGAGACGAUGACCCUUGUAACUGCGGAAAUUGCAUGAAUCCCCCAGAGAAAAUCACCAACGAAACCACCAUCAAGUUUCAGACCGAACCUAGCACCAAUUAUAGUGUGUGGCUCACUCCUCCUGACGCUCUGUGUAAUGGUAAUGGAAGUGAUGUCUACUCUCUGACGACGAACCAUAGCAAUCCAAGAGAGCCAAAUGUCACGUACAAUCGUGAAACUAGCCCGGUGCUAAGCUGGGAGACUGGCUGCCCUUAUAUUGGUCCUGUCAAAUACACAUUACUCAUAGAUGGCGUCGAGUUUAAAAUACACACCAACAACUCCUGUAACUACGAAGCGAAAAUCAUGGAAAAGUUGUCACCUGCCACCCGGUAUAACUACACCCUUAACACACAGAUACCCGACUGUGUUGAAGAGAUUAACAGGAAGUCAGUAGAAGGGUCAGGGUCAAGCAGCACUCCUUCCAUGUCAGAUGAAAAUGAGUCGUACAAUGGGACAGAGACGCCCGGAGUUGGAGACAAUCCUGCCAGUAUCUGUUAUGACAAGUGUGGCGUAUGCGGCCAGGGGACACCGAUCAUCACUCCUCCUAACAACGAGUCCAUACCUCAGAAUUUAAUGAAAGAGGGGCCAACCUUAGCCGAUGCAGACCCCAGUUCUCGCAUGGUGAAACUGACCUGGAAUGACCCUGUGCAUGCCGGGGUAAUGGACGAGUUUGUCUUGAAACUAAUCCACAAAGAAAAUGUUACGAAGGAAUGCUAUAUUAGUAAUAAUGGCACGAACGAUUGUGGCUGUCAACGGCACUCCUGUAGUCUUCCGGUGAGAGCCAGGACAACAUACACAAUAAAUGUCGAAGCCUUGAAUAAGGAUUUAAGAUUGAGAAGCAAGCCAGCAAUAGAUAUUCUGCAUGUGCAAAUUGGAACGCCUUUCUUCACGGGCCCACCAAUGUUUGAGUUUAAGAAUGGCGACGAGUUUGAUCUCCACAAAGAAUAUCCCAUCUUGAUAGACAGUAAUACCUUCAGCAAUGACAACGGCGAAGUUGCUGGAUACAAGAUAUUUGUGGAGAAAGGACAUGGUCAAAGGAAUACCUACAGGUGGAUGGUUUGCCACAAUCUCAUCAAGGAUUUUAAAAAGUUGCUUAUCAUCGGUGUUGGCUCACCACAGGACACUUGCUCAAAAGACAAGAUCUGCAACCCACCACUCACCCCUUCUAUCAACUACACUGUAACCUUGAGCAUUUACACCAACAAGGCUUCCCAAAACUUCAGCCUGUUUUUCACCACCGCUGCUCAACCAGUGAAUUGGCUGACAGUCGUGUUCUCAUUGAUUCUGGCUGUAUUGCUAGUGGUAGUGUUGUCAGCUGUGUCCUACUACUGGCAGCGGUUUCUUCCCAUGAAGCGUAGUGAAUCCCUGGAUAUUCCAAUGGUGGAGUCCCUGCCUCCAGACGUCAGCAUGGAGCAUAGGAUAACUCUCUCACAGCUAGCCAACACCGUCCACAAGCUCCUAUCCAACUGUCAGAUGGAACUCAAGAGGGAGUAUGCCUUACUCAAGUCAGUUUCGCCAUCAAAGCCUUGUGAGUAUGCCAAUCUGCCCUCAAACAAAGUCAAGAACCGCUACAUCAACAUUCUACCAUUUGACGAAUCGAGAGUAGCCUUGAAGGAGUACCGUUCCAUCCCCUGUAGCGACUACAUCAAUGCUUCAUAUAUACAUGGUUACAACAAGUCCAGGGAGUUCAUCGCUUGCCAAGGUCCUACAGAUGAUACAAUUGAGGACUUCUGGAGGAUGGUGUGGGAGAAGAACGUUCACAUCAUUGUCAUGGUCACACAGUGCGUGGAGAAGAACACGAGGAAAUGUGCUAAAUACUGGCCAGACAAGGAGGAGGAGAAGGGGCUGGUACUGAGGCAAGCCAUGCUGAGAGUGACGAUGCUCCACCAGGCCUCAAACCAGGGGGAAGGUUACAUCAUUCGUAAAUUCAAACUCUCCAGGAUACCGAAUUAUAGUUCGAGGAUUGUCCAGCACUUCCACUUCGUGUCGUGGCCAGACAUGGGCUGCCCGGAUACCCCCAACCACUUGAUCAACCUGGUGGAGGCAGUGAGGAAAGCUGUCCCUUCCUCCAGUUCCCAUGUACUUGUCCACUGCAGCGCUGGUGUGGGUCGAACUGGAACUUUCAUUGGCCUGAACAACAUGAUAGACGAGAUAGCUGAAGAAGAUAGUGUAGACGUCUUCCACACUGUGUACAAGAUGCGCAUGCACCGUACAAACAUGGUCCAGACUGAGGCUCAGUAUGCUUUCCUCUACAAAUGUGUCCUCAAGUACUACAACAACAAAAUAGGAGAAACUGAAACUGAAAUAUUUGAAAGGAACAGGAAUCAACCAAGGGAUAUCCCAGACGUGAUUACCAAUACCCCAGAAGCCAGAAAUUCUUCCCCAGAGACCGAGAGUGACGACACUAGUAGUAAGACCUCGACACAUGACAGCGCUGGUGUAAUAGGCAUAAUACCCCUUUAUUCUCAACUUAGUGAGACGGAAUACAUUGAGGACAAGGAUCUAGAGCCACAUUCAGAUCUAGACGACGAAGAAGACAAACAACUGAUUAAAGAGAGCCCUGAACCUGAAGACAAAUCCAGUGAGCACUGACACCAAUAACAUGAAACUCAGUGGAAAGGUAACAUCACAGGGAGCCAUUUUUGAUCCUAUUACCUUUGUUGAUAAAACAAAACAAGGGGGGGUGAGCUUAAUACUGAGAAGGAUUCACAGUAACUUUUACUUUUAUCCUCUUCGCCACUGACAGGCCUGUUAGCCACUUGGGCAGUCGGUCACAUCACUCUUACACACUGUUGGCAGAUACUGGGCAUGAACUGGCUCCUGAAUCUAUCGGAACCUGCUCCAGUGUUGGUCAAGUUUGGCCUUGUUUGGGCUCACACUCGGUGCGGCCACAACACUCUGGCAGAUUGUUCCAAGAGUUCACAAUUCUCACUCCGAAAAAGACACAAGACACAAAGUAUCUUUUGUUAUGGCCAUUGUUUACUCUUCCAAACCUUGAAUGUCUCUACAGUGUACAGGUACGUUAACACUGAUACAGUACUGUAUACAGUAAUGGCCUUUUUUGUAGUAUUGUUGAACACUGGUCAAAUGCACAAUAGUGUUAUAACUAACAGCUGAAAUUAUGUUGCCAAGAGCACUAAAAAACACACACAAAAAAGCCCUAAACAGCAACAAAUGCAUUUUUGUAAAGCCUGUGUCAACUUCCCAUUUGUAUGUACAGGGUAUUCACAUAUUAUAAACUUGAGUUUUAAUUAACAAAUUAACAGCACUGUACAUACAACAUGGCUGAACUUCCAGGGUGAAACUAUGGGAAAGUUUCUUUAUGCCAUUUGCCUCUGUUUACCCAGCAGUAAUUGGGAACCUGGAUGUUAAUCAGUUUACAGAACGUGUUCCAGGGUAAUGGUUAGCCAGUGCACUUGGCUAAUUGUCCAGUAUUCCCAGAUUCUUCCUUGACACUGGGUCAUGCAGUUCGUUAACUCAGGGUGUGGUUGUAGUGUUGGCAACACCUUCUACACCUUAAACAAAUUCACACCUAAGUGGCCCAAGGGCCGGCAAUCCUCGUACAUGAGGGGCAACCAUUUUAUAUCCACAUUUCUUCUUGCAGGUCUUUAAGAAUGUAAAUACUGUAUAUAUCUAGUAUAUUUGUAUCAUAACAUGCACUGCACUUAAACCAUUCACCACAUCCUACAAGACUUUUCUAAAGUUUUGAAUAUUAAAAACACACAAGAAAAAUUCUUCUUAACUGAUAAUUAAUUGUUCCAUAGGUCAGAAUCACUCUGGACUCUCAACAAAUGUCUGGAUUGAGUUAACCUUCGUCUUAGGGAUAGUAAUUGAUGGUGCAGUAAAUGGCAUAAUAUUUUUUAAUAAUUUUUAGUGUGUUGAUUAACUUGUCUGUACACUAUAUUGUGAACUUUAACCUUUUAUAGUACUGUAUGUGCUUAUUUUUUUAUAUAGAAAUGUACAUUAAUAUGAAAUCUAAGUACAGUACUGUAUAGUAUUUAAAUUCCAGUGAUCUCUACCUUUACAAUACUGUACUAUGUAUGUACAGCAUUAUAGAAAUCUUAUGAAUCUAUUGGACAAAGAUCAGGAGUAGGAAGGGUUGAGCUUGACCCUAAAAAUCAAAUAAAAUGAAUUCCACAACAGGUUCCAAGAGUAAGUAGAUAAUGGUUUCACAAUCUUGCCUUUACUAUGCUAAGAUCUGGGAUCACAUGCUAAAAGCAUAUGAAAUUCUGUUUUUAACUUGUUUCCUAUAAUAUUAUAAUUUUAUAUGUUACUGAGUAGUUUAUAAAUAUUGUCAGGAAAGUGACAUACUGUAUUGCCCUGACAAUGAACCGUAUCAGGAAGGGGAACUAUCACUCUUAUUAUGGUCAUAUUAAUAUCAUCCUCUUCAUCAGUGAGAUAAAGAGUUUUGUAUGUACACUGUAUAGCAACAUGACUAAAACAACCUUUCUUGUACAUUGCUUGUAUACAUGUACUGUAUAUAAACAUGCUGAACCAACAAGAACUGUUAAAGCUAUUUUACAUUACAGGUACCAAGUAAAUAUUUAUCUCUAUCUACUGAAGGGUAUGUAUACUGUAUAUGCAUAACCUAGGUUUACGAGCUACAUUUAAGAAACCUGAUACACAUAAUAUACUAAUUAGUCAACUGCAUGGCUCCAUCCUUUCUUGUCAUACAAAAGCUCAAUGAACUAGAGCCCCGCCAUCACCUCACACUGCCCCCCCCCCCCAAAAAAAAAGAAGUCCACUUACCAAGUUUCACUAAAAUCCAUUUCUAUUAAUUCAAUCUAUCGUGUUCAUAAAUUCCUGAACAGAUGGACACAGUAGUAUGUCUAUGUCCCCUGCUGUUCACCUCUGGCAUGGUGGGGGCAGUACUGUACUGUAAAAGAAUAAAAUAAGUCAUAAUGUUAUCAUCUGAAUCCUAUUUUAAGCAUUUUUUUUAUAUAUACAUUAGGUUAAACAUUUUUAUUUUAUGUUUACAGAAUUUUAUUUUCCAAGUCUAACGGGAUCUGAUUAGAAAUAAAAAUGGAAACAAUCUGUGGUGAAUCUAUAAAUUUGACAUGAAAUCUAUUUUAUUGUAGGUGUUUUAUGAUAGUACUGCCUGCCAUAUAAAAUUGAUAAUUUCUGUUAUCAAAUGUAGACUAUUAGAUUAACACAUUGAAACAUUAAUUUCAUUAAUGUACAGUACAUGUACUGUAAAUAUUUAAUAAAUAUUCAUUAAAAUGAUAACUAAAAAAAGGGAAAGAACGUCCCAUGAUGUAAAACAUCAGUAUUACGACAAUAAAUUAUCCCGACAAAAUUUAAAAAAUCUUAAAUUUCUUUAAAUUUAAUUUCAAUUGGAUUCCUUUUAAAAUAUUUUAUAACCUGUACUUAAAAUUUAAGAAGUAUUUGCUGACCAUUCUUAAAAAGUUUCUCUACAACCACAGCCGCACACUUUCACCAGAGUCUCUAUACAGUAGUAGAUAUUUAAUAAUGAAGUAUUUAAAUAUCAACCUACAGUACUAUUGUGCACUUUUUGCUUCAAUAGAUGCUUACCUGAAGUUGGUUUGAUAAUACCAUCAACACUUUAAACAUAAACCAUCCUAACUACCGUAAAAAAAAUAAUAAUACAAAUAAAUAAAUCAAUACAUUACCAAUAUACCUUUUUCUUCUUAUUUUCAGAAAUUUGUCAGCGGGGGUCAUAAAACAUAAAAUAAAAAAUGUCUGGCCUUAGUUAAAACCUUGAUUAGUUAUAACACCCAAUUUAUAUGCAGAUUACAUAAAGAUACAACUUUUAUAUGUGGUGAUAAUAUACAUGUUGACAAGUACAGUACGUAACUGGAAAUAACUUACCAGACAGUGAGGAAAAUCACCAAGGUUUGAUGAUGUUCCUUCUUCAGACAACCUUACAAAGUGAUGUUUUACCUGACAGGUGGAAGGACUGCAUUGUACAAUUAAAGGAUCAACUUCUUGAAUACUAUUGGAUUAGUCACCUGUAUUGUGUAAGUGUAUCAGCUAAUUGAAUAAGUUGAUAAAUUAUUGUAUGUUUUUGCUAUGAAGAUGAUUUUUUAUUUUUUUGUAAUCAUGUGUAAGUAAUGAGUUCCACAAUGUUCUGUAAAUACAUCGGUAAUAUUAUAUAAAUGCUUCUAUAUGUGUAUCAUGUUACAGGAUCACUGAGUGCUACACACAUACAGUAUAUCCCAGCAUUAUGUUCGUCUUGUUUUAUUAUUUCAUUUAUUUAUACUCGUACUUCAAAACCAACCACAUUAGAUGGAUACUAGACAUGCUAUACCAAGUCAACUUGUCUAUGGCCAGCUAAUUCUGGUGUCCCUGGGAUAUGUGAAUGGAUGAAUUCCUUGUAUAAUGUGGAUAAAAUAAUUCCAUACAUGUGAAUGAAUGUAUCAAAGAGAAAUAAUGUAUAUAUCCUUGCAUUUAGCAGGCUGACUAGUUAUUGUGUCAUAUACCUUGAGAUAAUCAACCUUAGUGUUCAUGUAAGGGUGACUGAUCAAAUGACCUGUUCCAAUAGGUUCCAAUCUCACCAAUGGGACUGAGGGUCUACGGCUAAUGAUAAAAUUUACCUGUUAUAUAUAUUAAAAGUUGAUACAUCACUUAUAAAAUGAUAAUGUAUAACUCUAGAACAGUGGGUCUAUUUAUCCAUUACCCUUACUUCUUUUCCACUUGCAUAAGUUGAGUCCGUUAUAACACAAUCCUUGAGAAAAAAAGGGGAAGUGAUAGUAGUAACUGUCUUCCAUUUAACCCCUUCACUAAUAGCAGAUGAUUUUAUUCAGCUCAGAGAUGACCUCAGACACAAGGGGUAAGGGUGAAACAGUUUUCUGCAAUCAGUGUUCUCACUCAUUUUAUGCAAAUAGACAAGUUAAAGGUUUCUUGAAGGGGGAUCAGUUGCUCCUAUAUAGGGCAUCAUUUCUUUAUACCGUGUAAAACAAUAUUAAUAGUAAUGAUAUUACUGCUGGUGCAAGAACCACAAACAGCCUAAGAGCUGACGCUUAACUGUGAGGGGCUGUGUUCAUAAUUAUUUGCCAGCAGGUUGGCUAUGAUUCUAGCAACAGUGGCCGAAAGUACAGUACAUUACAUGUGGGUAGAUCUAUUACACUGUGCAUAAAGUGUGCUGUCAACAAUCAUUUGUUCUGAGUUAAUAACAAAAUAAAGGAUACUGGCAAAGGGUGGCCAGCAUCCAGAACAACUCUCUCCUUUAAGCAUUUACUCAAGGUAUUGUAAACUUGUAACACAUGUUCUCAUAUUGUGUUCUUUCCCAUAACUGCAUCAAACAGAAUAUGUCGAGAAACUGUGUUCUCUUUCUAAUGAAAUAAAUCAUAGGUUGGUAGUACUAUCCACAAA